UUAUGAGUAUAGUAUUACCAUAUGCCCAGGUGCAACAAGCCAGAAGGAUCUUCACGAUUUUGGAUUUUGUUAUCAAAGUUUCGGGAUCGAAUCUCUGUUGGAUUAAUACUUAUAUUUAACUUGGUCUAUAUUCACUGUUAAAAUCUUAAAAUAGGAUUAGAAAGAUAAAAGGAUGCCGUCCAAUCCGAAAGCUGAACCAUAUUUAGGUCAACAAUACAGAAAAAUCAAAUCACAAUGUGUAAAGAAGAAGGGAUUAUUUGUAGAUACGUCAUUUCCUGCUAGUGGUAACAGUAUAUUCCAUACCAGGGCAGCGCCAGCAGACAUAGUUUGGAAAAGACCUAAGGAUAUUGUGUCAGAUCCCAAGUUUUUUAUUGAUAAAGCCAGUGCCGAUGAUUUUGCUCAAGGAACUUUGGGUAAUUGUUGGUUUGUGGCAGCCUGUGCUUGUAUUGCUGAAGAUUCAAAUCUAUGGAAAAAGGUAGUCCCUGAUUAUCAUGGCCAGGAAUGGUCGACUGAUAAUAAAUAUGCUGGAAUAUUUCACUUUCGAUUUUGGCGAUGUGGUAAAUGGGUGGAUGUGGUAAUAGAUGAUCAACUUCCAACACGAGGUGGUCGUCUCAUAUUUUUACACUCCAAAAGUAGAAAUGAAUUCUGGUCAGCUUUACUAGAAAAGGCAUAUGCUAAAUUAUUUGGUAGUUAUGAAGCGCUAACAGCGGGUAAAUCCCGUGAUGCUAUGGUUGAUUUAACAGGCGGUGCUGGUGAGACGUUAGAUAUAAUAGAUUUUAGAGGAGAAGAAAGAAAAACGAGAUUAUUUGAUAUACUACAUAAAGCCAAGAUUAAUCAUUCUUUAAUGUGUGCUUCUAUUCAGGCUAAAUCUGCUGCUGAAAUGGAAACCAAGCUAAGCAUCGGAUUAGUCAGGGGUCAUGCUUAUAGUAUUACUGCUGUCCAGAAAAUUCAUUUAAAAGGUACAGGACUGUUUCAAUUCUUCAACAGAGAAAAAAUUCUAAUGAUUCGGUGCCGUAAUCCAUGGGGUGGUGUGGAAUGGAGAGGUCCAUGGAGUGAUGGAUCACCAGAAUGGACCAAAGUUAGCGAAGCGGAGAAAAAGGAACUUGGUCUAACCUUUGAUGAGAAUGGGGAAUUUUGGAUGUCAUUCGAUGAUUUUUGUCGGUAUUUUACCACCAUAGAUUUAUGUCAUAUCGUCAACACAUCAUUCUUUACGUUAAAGAAGACCUAUAGUAAGGUGGUGUUUACAGGAGAGUGGAAGAGACCCCAUAGAGCAGGAGGGUGUGGUAAUCAUCCAACAUUUCUUAAAAAUCCACAGUAUCUCUUAGAGGUAUUUGACAAUGAGAAAGAAGAAAUAAUGAUAUCAUUAGAGCAAACAGACAGACGUUCAGCGUCCUUUAAUAAAAGGGGAGAGAACUACUGUAUAGGAUACGCUAUUGUCAAGACAGAUUUAAACAGGAAGUAUAGAAUGCAUGACAGACUAGAAAGAGUUCAUGCUGGACCAUAUGUGGUAUCACGGAGUAUCUUUGAUAGAGUUCACCUUGAAAAAGGUCGUUACUGUUUGCUUGUAACAACCUUUGACCCAGGAAAUGAAAGUAAUUAUAUGCUGAGAAUAUAUUCUGAGGGUGCUAUAGGUAUCAAAGAGUUAGUAAAAGAUGAACCUAAACCCCCUGGCUGUAUGGGUAAACCAAAAGUAGCAGCAACAUCUGUGACUAUUCAUUAUGCUGAUGGCUUAAAAGAUAUCCACAAAGAAGGUAUUGAAGCGUAUUGUAUAGUGAAAUGUGAAGGUAAAGAGGUAAAGACAACUGUUAGUAGUAAGACUAAUAAUCCACAGUGGAAAGAACGUGUAACGUUUUAUAGAAAACAACCAGAAGAAGAUAUUGAAAUAGAGUUGUGGGAUGAUAACAUGCUCAAGGAUAGUUAUAUUGGUGCCAUGACGAUUCCAAUGUCCAAGAAGAGUGAUUACACCAGUGGCCAUAUUAUCAGACGUUAUGACAUCAGAAAGACCGUAGAAGAUCGAGACACAGUCACUGGAUAUCUGUGGUUAAAUAUCCGACAUACAGACAAUGUGGCGGACGCUUAACAAGACAUAAACGAUAUAACUUAAUGUGCCAAAUAAUUAAAGAUAAUAUAUUGGACGGUGGAAAUCAUCAAAGAGUAUAUGCUUUCUAACUUGCUUAUUUUGUUACCAGCAACGAGAAAGGUAGCAAAUGUUUGCAUGACAGUAUCCACUAUAAACACUAUGAUAAUAGAUAUACACUUGUGUUAAAAACCUGCAAUAUGCUUUCAUUAACUGUGAAACCAGUAGCCAUUAGCGAUAGCCAUUAACUAACAAGUACGCAUUUGCAAUAGCACAAAUCACUCAAGUUUUCUUUAGAUUACAGAUAAGCUGGCGUAAUAAGAGUUUAAUACAGUAAUAAAGAUCUUUUUUUUGAAUAGCUAGAAAAUAGUGUCAGUAGUUUUUAAACAUUAAUACUAAUUUUUUUUUUGCAAUUGGCUGUGAUGAAAUAUAUAACCAAAGAAAUACACCAGAACAUUCGUUUUUAUUUCAUAAACACUUAUUUUAUAUACAUUAUAUAUAAACACGUUAUAAUAGCUUAAAUUGUAUUCAUUAUUGUAUUUUAUCAAUAAUCAAUCGGAAUACUUUCUUCUGUAUUCAAAUUUCAAAAUUAAAAUAAGUCGAAACCCUUCCAAUUUUUUCAGGAAUGUGGAGCUUAUAGCAUGAACGGCCAGCAGAAGCAGAUACCCGCCAUAUUUAAUCCAUGUCUUAAUUUGUAACUCAUAUGUAUGCAUUUGUGAUAUAACUUUUUGAUAUUACUAACACUUAUUUUAACUCUAAUUUUAUAUUAAUAAACUCAUUUUAGUUUAUUGGUUAUUGCAUUGAUCAUAUGUCCAGGAAAUUACCCAACUGUUCUGUUCCCCCUGUUCAAGGUGAUUUAUAGGACAAUAAGUACUGGACGGGUAGAGAAAAGCGUCCUAAGUAUUGCAAAAAAGUGACCGACAAUGAAUACAUGUUAUAGAUAUGCAUAUUCUGCGCAUCGAGAAUUUAACUGAAAUUUUAAGUAAGCGACGUAAUACUGAGACAAUACAAACUGAACAUUUACAAACAUAUAACCGCUCUUGUGGAUUGGUUUCCAGUUCUAAGAGUAUUGACAAAAACUCUAAUAUAAGUUCACUCUAGAAAGAGUACCAGUCGAGCUUAUCUAUCAAGCGGACUCUUCAAAUAGUUGUGAAUCAAAUGAUCUACUUUUUGUGUCUUUUUAAAGCAAGUUCUCAAAACUGGAGCAAAUGCGGAUAUUUAACUCUUAGAUAAUUUGGCGGUUUGUAUUCUUAUCUUUACUUUUACAUGUUUAAACUUGAUCAAAACUGUACGUUAUUUCCGGGCAUUAGGUUAUCAACUAUCUUCGUCAUUGACCAAUGUAUUAAUUGUUUUAUUGGCAAUUUCCUUUUGUUCCGCCAGUCCAAAAGACGUAGGUUUCAAUCAAGUGUUUUUAGAAGCUUUAUCCAAUAUUAUUUUUAUCCUGGCCUUUAGAAAUACGAAAAUCAAUGUGAGAUUUCGUUCGAUGUUUAUUUCAGUAAGUGAUUGACACUUGUCAGUUAUCUAUUUCUUCUGCAAUGGCAAAACAAUCGGCGGGAAACUAAUAUGUAAUCGUAAGUAAUAAAUCGAUGCUUCUUUCGUA